UUAUCGAUAGGCACAGAUAAACCACGAUGACUCGAUAGUGCCAUCGCUGAUUUUCCACCUCUAGACACCAACAAACGUAACACAACAAUACAAAAAUAAAAACAAUUAAAAUUCCUUAAUCAAACUUAAAUGUGCUUCAAUUAAAUUGCGAGAAUCUGUGAUUCGAGAAUGUUACGAUCGAUCCUAUUAUGGUAAAAUGCCGGUUCAACCAAAAACAGAUCGGCAUGACUAACGAUGAGAUUGCGGAGCUGAUUUAAAUGGAAAACUUUAAAAACAACAACGAGCCCAGUCUGGUGAUAACGACAAGAGCGAAAACUAAACUAACAAUUGCAUGCGACGGGGAAAGGAAAUGCGGAGAGUGAAAGCGACGCAGAAUCGCCAUUAGAAGCUGGUGGAGAUCGGCUUACCGAUCGUACCUAAGAAGAUCUUAGGAUCGUCAUGAAUCAGGCAUUCAUUAUGGAGCGCCCUUGCAUGGACAGCAUGGUGGCGUUGGACCAUAUGCAGUUGGUGAACUACCAAGAUCAAAUAGAUGGGAUGGAGCAGGAGCUUAACAGCAGGUUCUCCGUCGACCUGUGGCGGAACGAGUGGCCCGAAAUCGUUAAUUUAAUAUGCAUGCUGCCCAAUGGUUUCCUCACAGUACUCACCACCCAAUCCACGACCACCAUCAGCGACAUCAAGGAGAAGCUGGUCCAAAUAGCAAAGCAGAUGCCAUUGGGAUUCUUGAUCAAGAAGGCCUGCGACUACCAAGUGUAUGGCCUCUCAACCUUCAACAUCGAGCCCUACAUAGAUGAGACGAAACGUAUAUGCGAAGUCCAGCCCUAUUUUGGACUGUUGCGCCUAAGCGAUCGGACUGAUGACACCAGCUUCUCCAGCGACUAUGAGCUGGCCAAGUUAGUGAGCGGGAUGAUCGGGAAAUCCUUCGACCACCAUCGAACGCUGGGCACGCCUGAAAUCGACGACUUCCGACUAAACAUGACGCAGAUCUGCGACAGCAUUGAGAUGGAGCGCUCCGUCUACACUUGGCAGCAGUGGCUGCUCUACGAGUACCCCCUGCGACUGGCCAACUCCACAAAGAUGCCCCUACUCAUACGCGAGAGGCAUCCAACGCGCACGUUCCUGAUUGUGGUAAAGAACGAGAAUGAUCCUAGCACAUUCACCUUGUCCGUCAGCGAACAGGAUACACCGCUGUCCCUGACGGAAAGCUCACUGCAGAAGAUGAACCGGUCGCAGAUGAAGAUGUACGACCGAGCCUCUGACUACAUACUCAAAGUUAGCGGCCGGGACGAGUACCUUUUCGGAGACUACCCGCUUAUCCAGUUCCUGUACAUCCAGGAAAUGCUCUCAGACACAGCGGUGCCAAAUGUGGUAUUACAGUCGAUAUACCGACUCGAGCCUUACAUAAACCACAACAAUGAUCAGAACAUGGUGCCGAGGCGAUUGCCGCCAAAAAAGAGGCCAGCAAUAUUGCCGAAAACACCGACAUCGCUGUGGGACAUGGGCAACUACUUUCAGUUUACGUUGCACAGUAUCGGUAAUGUCAACUACGACAAAUCUCGUGCCCUAAAGGUGGGUGUGCAUGUGGGUCUGUUUCACGGCGAGCAGAAGCUGUGCGCCCAGCGUUCGGCUGACGCGCCCAACAGUGGCUCCGACACGUUCCUCUUCAACGAUCUGGUGAUGAGUUUCGACAUUCAGAUGCGCAACCUGCCACGAAUGACUCGGCUCUGCAUAGUUAUCUUCGAGGUGACGAAAAUGUCCCGUUCGAAGAAGUCAUCCAACAACAAGGACAACUCCUUGAAGGACGUCUCCUACAACAAGAACCCACUGGCCUGGGUGAACACAACGCUUUUCGACUAUAAGGAUAACUUGCGGACCGGCAGCCAGACGCUCUACACUUGGACGUAUGCGGACGACAUCCAGUCUGACGAAGUUUUCCAUCCGCUGGGGACCAUCGAAUCGAAUCCACGCAAGGAGGAGUGUGCCUUGUUGCAUCUCACAUUCCACGGCAACGGAACGGGAUGCGUGCGUUACCCCACCGAGGAUGCUGUGCUGCAAUACGCUGCUGAUCGGGCGGCAGCUAGUCUGCGGGAAUCUCAGCUGCAGCAGCCACAGCAACUGGCGGAGAAACCCCUCAAGGUGCUUAAGGAUCUUCUGGCCAACUACUCCGGUCUGGAUAAGAUAUACGAAAUGGUUGAUCAGGAUCGCAAUGCCAUUUGGGAGCGAAGAAAUGACAUUAUGCGAGAGUUACCCGAAGAACUUUCCAUUCUGCUGCACUGCGUCUAUUGGAAGGAGCGCGACGAUGUAGCAGAUAUCUGGUAUCUUCUCAAGCAGUGGCCCCUCAUCUCCAUUGAACGGUCGUUGGAGCUGCUUGACUAUGCCUAUCCCGAUCCCGCGGUACGACGCUUUGCUAUCCGGUGCCUGCAAUAUCUCAAAGACGAGGACCUGUUGCUUUACCUCCUUCAACUGGUGCAGGCCAUCAAGCAUGAAUCUUAUCUGGAGAGCGACCUGGUAGUGUUCCUGCUGGAGCGAGCACUCCGCAAUCAGCGCAUUGGACACUACUUCUUUUGGCAUCUGCGCUCCGAGAUGCAAUCCCCUUCCAUGCAGACCCGUUUCGGUCUCCUAUUGGAGGUUUACCUGAAGGGCUGCAAGCAUCAUGUGGCGCCUCUGCGGAGGCAGUUGCAAGUGCUGGAAAAACUAAAACACAGCUCUGUGAUUGCCAAGAAGGGCAGCAAGGAGAAGGUCAAGUCGCUGCUGCAGGACUUUCUGCGAGAUCAACGAAACACGGGAAUCUUCCAAAACAUAUUAAAUCCUCUGAAUCCUAGCUUCCGCUGUAGUGGCGUUUCGCCAGACAAGUGCAAGGUGAUGGACAGUAAGAUGCGUCCUCUCUGGGUGGUGUUCGAGAAUGCAGACAAAACCUCCAACGAGGUCAGCAUCAUCUUCAAAAACGGCGAUGAUCUGCGCCAGGACAUGCUAACGCUGCAGAUGUUACGGGUGAUGGAUCAGCUAUGGAAACGAGAUGGUAUGGACUUUCGGAUGAACAUCUACAAUUGCAUCAGCAUGGAGCAACGGUUGGGCAUGAUCGAGGUGGUCCGGGACGCAGAGACUAUUGCCAACAUCCAAAAGGAGAAGGGAAUGUUUUCGGCCACGGCAGCAUUCAAAAAGGGCUCCCUCUUCAGUUGGCUGAAGGAGCACAAUCCGAACAGUCUGAGCAAGGCCAUCAACGAGUUUACGCUCAGUUGCGCCGGAUACUGUGUGGCUACAUAUGUCCUUGGCGUGGCCGACCGACACUCGGACAACAUAAUGGUUAAAAAGAAUGGACAGCUCUUUCAUAUCGACUUUGGCCAUAUCCUGGGACACUUUAAGGAAAAGUUUGGCGUGAAGCGCGAGCGGGUGCCGUUCGUCUUAACUCAUGACUUCGUGUACGUCAUAAACAAUGGCUGCAACGAUCGCGAGGCCAAGGAGUUUUGCCACUUUCAGGACUUGUGCGAGAGAGCCUUCUUAGCUUUACGCAAACACGGCUGCCUUAUUUUAUCGCUGUUCUCAAUGAUGAUAUCAACGGGACUGCCAGAACUGUCCUCUGAGAAGGACCUGAACUAUCUGCGUGAAACUUUAGUUCUUGACUACACGGAGGAGAAAGCACGUGAACAUUUCCGAGGAAAGUUCAAGGAAGCUUUGGCCAACUCCUGGAAGACCUCUCUCAAUUGGGCCUCGCACAACUUCUCCAAGAACAACAAACAGUAAACAGACAACUGAAUCGACUUGAAAAUCUUAGCAACACAACCCCCAUUCUCACGCACACACACAAACCGCCUCACCCCGUCUAAGUGGAUCAACCUUUCUUUUCCGCCUGCCUGCCUGCCUGUCUGCCUGACUGCCAGCCUGGCUUUUUGUGCCUCUGGGACAGGCGUAGUACAAUUUUUAAUCCAAUUCAUAAAGUUCAAAGCUAUGUGUUCACUAUGUUAGGCCGAAAUAAAAAAAAAGAGAAAACCCCCGCCCAAACCCAAUCACACCCCACAACCAAACAGGCAACCCCUUGACCUAUAGCUGAUAAUGUCGUCCCCCAUAAGUGCUCCAAUAUAUAAUUUACUGUUAAAUUUGUAAAUUUAGAAGCGUGUACGUGUAUACCAACUAUUGUAACUUAAAUCAUUUAGUAGCCCCGCAUACCCCACGCAUCCUAUCAAGUGACCCUUGGACCCAGAAAUUGUUUUGUUGUCUAAUUAAUUUGUUGUUGUUUCAACACCCACACCCACACACGUGCACACUCGCGCAUACAUGUGCAAAAAAAUUGUAUCCUAUUAUACUUUAAGAGACAUUAUACCUUAAGUUUACAAUAUAUAUAUGUUAACGAUUUCGAGCCCCCCCAGAUUAUAAUUAUUUGUGUACUAUAAUUUUGUGUCUGCUUCUGUUGCCAGCAACGAGACAACAUGUUCAUGUUUUCCGGUUUCUUUCUUUCAUAAUGUUAUCUAAUAUUUGUAAGUUACAGAUUGUAACGUAUUUUGUAAAUCACUGGAUAAUUACAAUUAAAUGAAACAAUAUAAAUACAA